AGAGUGAGGAAACAAGCAAUCGACGAACUACACGCGAAGUAAUCGACGAAUAAAAUUUGCAGGACCAAAUGAAAAGUUAAGUAUCCAAUUAUGGACAGUCAGAAAGCGUAAAAAUGAUUUGCCCUAACUUUCUCAAAGUUGCUGCCGUAGCGUAUGCUCCAUAUCUCACAGUGGAAAGCAAUAGCAGUAGUUACAAAUCCUAUCAUGGAAUUGACGCAAAAUUUGUGAAAACAUUAUCAGACGCUUUAGAUUUCCGCUAUAAGUUGCUUGAUACACCAGACAGAGAAUGGGGGCGCAUGAAAGAAGAUGGAAACUGGAGUGGAAUCAUAGGAAUGGUUCAAAGACGUGAGGCAGAUAUAGCUCUAGGUGUGUUUGCUGUUACAGAUCAAAGAUUUGAGGCAGUAGAUUUCAGCGAAUAUUACAGUUCGGAUAGUAUUCAGUUCGUAACUCGCAUGCCAGAAGUAAAACAUAAAGUGAGUUUUUACAUCAACGCUUUUCAGGGCACUGUUUGGAUAAGCAGUUUCUUUUCGCUGUUAUCUAUGGCAAUGGCAUUCCGGUUUGUGUCAAGGAAACAGUACAAUUUUUUAAAUGUUUUCAUGGAACUGACGGGUAACCUUUUGAGGCAGCCACUUUCGAUCAAACCAAAUACUUUAGGUGAAAGUUUGAUCAUUAUACUUUGGUUAUUUUGCGCGUUUUUUUUAUCGUCAGCUUACGUUAGUGGCCUAUCUUCAUUUUUAGCAGUUCCUCUGAAGACAAAACCAGUGCGGAAUUUUCUGGAACUAGCUCAGGAAGUUAAAAAAGGAAGUUAUAAAUGCUACAUCAGGCAAGGAGAGGUUACCCUUAACGUACUCAAAAGCGCGGAAUCUGAACAUCUGAAACUUCUUGGCGAAUAUAUUGAAAAAAAUCACUGGGUUUUAAAAGAAAACUCUCAAGUAACGGCCGUUAUUGACAGAAGUUCUGCUCUUAUUCUUCCAAAAUCUGAGUUAACUUGGAGGUACACCGAAGAGAUUGACAGAACGUUGUAUUUAUCUGAUGAUGCUCUAUCAUUGGUUUAUGUUGCUAUAGCAAUUACUCUAAGCAAUGCAAGGUAUGUAAGACUAGAAACAAACCUGUUGAGUUGA